UGGAAAAUUUCUGUGUGUCGGCAGAAAUAUGAAACUUGUGCUAGUUUCAGACUUUAAUUCGAUGCUAGUAGAAAAAAAAACGUGUUCGUUGAAAGGAAUUUAGGAGAAAGUGAACUUUUGGGAACAAUUGUACGUUUGAUGGACGAUUAACGCUUGACCUGUAAUGUAAAAUUUAUGAGGAACGAAUGACACGAUUUUCACGAGGGUCGAUCAUAACGAAUGUCAUGGCGAGUGAUUCUUCGCGAAGACAAAUCGCUUCAUAUCAUAAAGUCAUUCGCGAAUCGUGAAAGAAAAAAGGUAAUACUGAAUCGUGCAUGGCGUGCACGGAAGGAAAAAAGCGAACAAAUCAUAAUUUUAAGGUGAAUCGAGGGAGUGAAUUUGUGACUCACUGAAAAAUUAUAUGUUAAGGUCCGGCGAGCAUAAAGUACGAUAAAACGCCUUUUGACCGCUACCCCGAUGAUCCCCUUCGAUGAAUCUCACGUCCACGCUUGCACGCAUGGCACCUUAGCCUAUUUUAUCGAAUCGCAUAAAUAGUCAAGUCUACCGAUAUUACUAGUGCAUUUGUGAACCAAACGUCGAUCCGGAUACAUGACUUGUUCACCUUUUCUAUAAUUCAUCCGUGACUUUGUGGUUUUUUUUUGAAAACGGGAUGAAUCGACACGCUCUGUCCUUGGCGUUGCUAAUGCUGGCAGCGACAAGUGGUUCGAAUGGAAAAGAUGACGCGAGGCCACGAUCUUUUGGUGAUUUGUUGAAAAAUUGUUCUCCGAAAUCUUCGAAAGAGUCUGCCGAGGGCAAAGAUUUCGUCGACAUUUUACGUAAUUGUAUGCAACGACGAGCUCUCAUUGCUAUGGAUGCUUUACUCGCGGAUGAUAUUAUUCCUGUUAUCGAAGGAAUCGAUCUUGUCCGGUUUAAAAAAAAUUCGAACCAAUCGAUCGAUUCUCAACAGAGUGAAAAGCAGGACUCGGCGGGAGGACGAGAAGGUGGACAGAGCUGGGGAUCUAUAGUUCUUGGGCGUUUGGCUAGAAUAUUUCGGACUCACGUAUUAAAGAUUGAUGUUGAUCAACUGUCCUACUUAGCUUUCAACAGAACAAAUUCUGUGGACAAUGCUGAUAGUAAUGUUGUUCAAGGACGUAGACGCCGACACAGAAGACGUCAUCACAUGAUGCCAAUGUUGAUGAUGGGUCUGCUGAUAAUGGGCUCGGUUCUCAUUCCCAUGGGCUUUCAGUUCCUCGCAGUGUUAGGUGGCAAAGCUCUGAUCCUCGCAAAAUUAGCACUGAUGCUAUCGAGUAUUCAGGGUCUCAAGAAAAUCGCGACCAACGGUGUCAAUUAUGGACUUUACCAUUCACCGGAAGGUUGGCACGAGAGAAGCAGCAGCCACCAAGGAUCACCGCUCGGACACUUUGAACUCCCCUAUCAGAUUUACCCGAGCCAUUCCCAUCCUUGAUUCGAAGAUUAAAAAACUCGAGCUCGCUUGAUUAAUAUUCGAGCCCUAGAAACAAAAGUCUGAACAGUUUUAUUAUUCGCAUGAUCAAAGUUUCGCGUUACAUCAAGCUAUUCUUUUUCGUGGUUUCUCACUCACACGCACGGAGGGAGGAAAAAAAUUAUCGAGGGAUCGAGAGACUACUGAAUUAUGCACUUGGGAGCGUGAAACGCGGUUCUACGUUCCUUUGACGCUUGCUCUCAGGUGUGGCUAUCCAUACAUUUAUUUAUAUUUAUAUUUAUGUAUUUAUAAUAUUCGAUUAUAUAGCUCGGAUAAUAAAUUAAUCAGUAAUUUAUAAAAA